GUUUAAACACAGGUAUUCAAGUAUUUAGGACAAAUCAAUAGGACGCUGGGUAGUUCAUGUAGCUGCCAUUGUGCUUAACAGGGAGAACAGAAAACAAUUAUGUUAAUCCAUUUGUGAUCCACCCCUUUGCAGAAAGUGGAGUUAACUUGACAAUGCAAUAAAGGAUAGAUUGGAGACUACUAUAAAAACAUGUAUGCCAUAUACGAGUACUCGCAUAUAUUCAAGUUAUAAAUCACCUGGUCAACAUAUAAUGAACAAAUACAACCUAGAUAUUUUAGUAUCUAGAGCUGUUUUGGCAGUUUUGAUAGUUUUGAUCUAAACCGAAUUAAGAUAAGGAUUUCAGACGGGACUGUUAGAGAGGUGUGUUUCACCUAAAAAUUUGAAGAGAUUAGCAAAAUGGCAGAAUAUGACACUAGCAGUGAUGCUGAGACAGGGACAGAAACUGAUGUAGAUAUACAAGAAUUUGAAACAAACCAAAGAAAUCAGUUUGAUGCCAUGGAUGCUUGUGAUGCAGAUGGUGAAUGGAGUGAGGGAUCUGAAGAAGAGGCAGCAGCCCUCUCUGAGCCAGAUUCUGAACACAGUGAACCUGUAAAAUCACCAAAGAAGAAUGUAUCGAAAAAGAAUAAAAAACAGCAACAAGACAGCCAAGAGAAAAAGCAACAAGAACAAAGACAAUCAAAACAGAAUCUUGGCAAAAGUAAAGAACUGUCAUAUUUGGGGAGAAACUCACCCCUUAGAACAAGAACACAGUCUUUGCAGUCUUUGCAGAGUACCAAACUGCAACCAGUACUGAGCUCUGAGAACAAAAACAAAUCCCUUUACAGAUCAGUAGAUGACAUAUUGGAUAGAAUUGACACUGAACUUCUGGCUUUGACAGCAGUACAGACCAGUUUUCCAUCAUCAACACCCCUAUCCAAUGAAAGGAAGCGUUUAAGCAAGUCUGAGAAAGAUCUGCUGAAAUGUCAAGGUGUUGAGUUUGACACAGCAGAUGAAGUAGAUGUUCACCCUAAGCUCCAAGAUCAGCAGUCUUUUCGCACCCUAUCAGACAAGGAUGGUGCUGACACGGGUUUAGGCAGCGGGAGCAUGAUGGACAGCAUGAUAUCUCUUUCUACUGAAAUAGAUCUCCACCAACCACAACAGCAACAAGAACAAGGAGACAGGUUACAAGACUUACAGCAGCAACUGGAAAUUGUAUCCGAGGAAGAGAAACAGUUACAGGAUGGGGCAGAUGAGGAUCAAGAAUUAGACACAACAAUGAAAGAAGAGGAACAAUCUGAAAGUGAUGAUGAAGAAGAUCAGGAAUUUCCAAAGGCAGAUAGUGAUCUUGAUUCAGAUACUGCACAGCAGAUAGAGGAGAAAUUUCAAGCAAUAAUGAAAAAGAAGAGAGGCGGCUACCUUCGAGGAUUGAAAUUCACAGGAUCUCUUAGUGAUGUAGAAUCAGUGAAAACAGAGGACUUUGAAGAAGAAUUCCAGGAAUCUAUGAUACAUGUAGUACCCCUAAAAACUAAUUUUGCAGCCCGUCCAGUGGGUAAACUUCAUGUUUAUAAUACUGGUGGUAGAAAGAAGAGCACUGAUACUGACUCAAUAAAGACAGAAGACUUUGAGAGAGCUUUUAAGAAGACAGUUGUCAAACCAGCAGAUGCUCUACCACCUAAAUCUGUCCCAAAGAAGAAGGGGCAGGCAAGUGACACAGAAUCAGUGCGGACAGAAGAUUUUGAACUACAAUUCACAAAAGCAUUAGUGAAAGAUGCAUUGCCGAAGUAUUUAAGACCAAAAUCAAAACAACCUAAAGCCAGAUACAAACCUAGCUCAGGAAGUGAUGUUGAUUCUGUGAAGACAGAAGAUUUUGAGCUCAACUUCAAGUCAUUGAUGGUCAAACAGGUUGCUGGUGUUCCUCUUACCAGUUUUGAUCCAACAACUAUUGACAGUGAUAUUGACACUAUUCACACACAAGCAGUCCAAGAGAAAUUCCAGCAAGCUUUAGGUUCUUCCAGAUUUCUUACAAGGUCAUUUGAAGACAGCGAUGUCAGUGAUAUUGAUGCUGGAAGGCCUACCAUUGCUGUAAGAGAAAACCUAAGUCCAGGAUCUUCAGCUCAUCUUCCAACUGUGGCAAACAAGAUGGACUUUAUAGCAGAUGUCUUAAGUCCAGAGAAGAAAAAGAGUCCAUUCAAAAGGCAUGAAAGAGUAGGUCCCCAUGGUAUUAAAACAAAAACAAAGAUAAAUAAAACUCUUGAAGAUGAUGAAGAAAUUGAUGAUGAUGUUGCUGCAGAGGCACUGGAGAUUGAAAGGGAAUCCUUACGUAUUAUGCAUGAGAUGGAAGUGGAGAGAAAAGGACAAAUGAUAUCAACCCCAAAAACUACUCAUGCAAAUAGGACCAGGAGCCCUGAUAUCUCUGCCAUUACACCAAAGACAAGUGGGAAAGUGUUUCAAGCUAGAAGUAAUGAAUUAAAGGAAUUGACAAGAAGUCUUCACCAAACUUGGGAUGAGAAGCAGGCACUAGAGCAAGAGUUGAAGACAGUUCAGGACACUCUGAAAAAAGGCAGAGCAGAUGUAAAACACAUAGAGAAACUCACUAAAGAAAACAGGACUAAAGCUGAAGAUGUGCGAUCUGAGCUGAUGCUGGCAGAAUUUAAAAGAGAUAAAUCAAUCAAGGAGUUAGAGCACAUCACAGAAGAUCUGGCCAAGAAAAGACGGAAAGCUAAAGAACUUGAAGCCAAAAUAGAUGCCAUGCAUGAUGAUCUAAGGAAUGCAGACACUUUAAGUAUGCCGAGAGAUGAGCUCUCUGAGCUUUUGAAAGAGCACGUAGAGCUGAAAAAGAAACUCCGAGAAGGCCAUGCUGCUGAACUGGAAAGAGAUGAACUUGAAAAACAACUGGAUGCAACCAAAGAAGAACUUUUCCAUGAACAGAAAAGGGCACGUGAAAAAGAAGAGGAACUGGAAGAGGAAGUGGAAGCAACUAAGAAUCAGCUGGAAGAGCUGCAGGCUGCCAAGGAAAAUCUAGACCAACAGUUGGAGAAACUACAAAAUAGGUUCAGGGAUAUUGACAAGGAAAAGAAUAUGGUGAUCAAGGAAAAAUCUGCAGAAUAUGAACAUCUUCGUGAGAGGAUGCAAAAUGACAUGCUUGAGCUGAAAAAACAGACCACAGUUCAACUAGCUGAGCUGAAGGAAUUACUGAAACUGGAACGUGAAAAAUGUAACAGUUUACAAGAAGAAAUCAAUCACAAAGAUGAACUAAACCUCAAACUCAGGGACCAAGUCAUUGAACUUGAACAAGAGAUGUGUCAGGACACAGAAAUCAAAGACAGCGUCAUUGAGGAAAAUCAAAAAGUAAUAAAACAGUUGAAAAAAGAAAAGCCUGGACAGUUGAAGGAGAAACUGCUGGCAGAUGCUAAGAAAGCUGCAGAACAAGAUAAGCUGGAUGCAUUAGAAAAUCAGAGAAAAACAUUAUUGGCUGAACACAAGGAUAAAUCGAAGCAGCUGGAAGAAAGACUUCUGCAACAAGUUACUGAUCAUAAGAAUGCACUCUGGGCUAAAGAUGAGGAACUGCUCAUGGUACGUGAAAGACUUCUCCAGCAGGAGGAAGCUACUAGGAAACUUGGGGAAAAACUUAGACGUGAGGCUCAGGAUCAGAUACAGAAUGCCAUUGCUAAAGAACGUGAAAACUGGGAUAAGGAAAAAGAAAGGUUACUAAAACGUGAACUGAGUCAGCUCCAAGAGGAGACGUCCAGGGUAACCAGUAAGCUAAAAGAUGAACUGGAAAAUGAAAAAAGCCAAAACAGUUUAUUGGCUGAUAAACUUGAACAGCUGAAAGAUGAGUUGGAGGAGGAGAAGCGCCAGGCUUACCAAGCAUACAAAGACAAGCUGACAGCCAUCAGUCAAGCGAAGGAGGAAGCCAAGCAAGAACAGCAAAGCAAAUUGGAACAAGUCAAGGAUAUGUUUGAAAGAGAAAAAAUGAGAGAAGUAGAGACUUUGAAAGAAACAAUUAAAAAACAGGAGGAGGAGCUACGCACACUAAGGCUGGACAGGCAGAUGGCUUUACAGAAGGAGCGUGAAAGUUCUACUCACUCAGAGAGAACUGAGAAAACAGUGAUAUUUGAAAUUAACGAAGAGUGCAGAAGAGCUGCAGAUCUCUUGGGAUUAACUCCAAGGACUGUUAAUUUAUCCAGUUUCAAGUUGGAGAAUAGUAUGAAAACACCAAACAAGUCAGUAAAUAAAAACUCCGUGACAUAUAGCAGCCCUUCCAAAUCACCAACAUCAGCAGCUUUGGCAAACUUGAGAGCGACUAAUGAAGAAUUGAGAAACCAUGUAGAAGAAUUGAAACAAGAACUUGACACCCUUAAGUCAGCCUCUUCUAGAAGCCAGCAUCAGCAGCUUGAAGAAAUCGAAAGACUAAAACAAAAUUUACAACGUGAAAAAGAGAUGGAACUGGAAACUCUGAGAGAAGGCUUGAUUCAGGAACACAUGGAUGAAAUUAGCCAAUUACAGGCAUCCUUAGGGAAAGAUAAUGCUCUGCGUCAACUUUUGAGCACUAAGGAUAAAGAAUUACAAGAAAUCCAGCACAAUAUGAAUGCUUGGAAGGAAGAAACGGCAGACAAAUUAGCUAGGAAGUUUGAAGAAGAGUUGAAUAAAGAGCUGGAAAAGAGACUGAAAGAUUAUAAGAAAAUGCAGAGGAAAAACACUGAGCAACAAAAACAAAUAGAUAAGCUUGAAGAAGAAGUGAGGAGACUCUCUUUUUCAUCAACCCCAAGCCCCAGUCCUGGUAGCAAGUCUCCAGCCUUUGAAGAUGCCAGUACUAUACGAUUACUGCGCCAUUUGCAGGACAAAGUAAAACAUCUCAGAAACGAGAAUACCUCUCUCAAACUUGCAGGUGGCAGUGGAAGUCCAAGUUUAAGCACUUCUACUCCAAACUUGAGCAACCUUUCGUUAUCUGUGCAUUCUGGCAAGACUGAUGAUGAAUAUUUGAAGUUACUUGAACAGAGGGCAAGGGAUGCAGAAAGGGCAGCAGAAAUGGCUGAAGAAAGAGCACAAAGAAAUCAGCAUAUCCUUACAGAAAAAAUGACUGAACUGUCAAAAAUGCAAGAAACAUUAGCCCAUCAAACAAAGGAACUAAUGCAAAUGGAAAGAGCUUAUUCUCAUUUAAAGCAGAGAUCACCUUCACCAACUAGGUCAUUCAGAAAUUCACACACAACAAGAUAGCCAAUAUCUGCUGUCCUUGGGGGUUUACUGUCAUUCUAAUUCUUAUUGGAUGCAGUUAUAUUGCUAGGGCUUAAGUCAGAUUAGUUGUGCAUGAAUUUCAUGGGGUCUGUUCAUCUUGGAUAUUGAGAAGGAAUAUUUUGAUUAUCACUGUGUGACAAUUUCCCACUUCAGGAUGAGUAUUCAUAAUUUGUUAUUGUGUUCAGUAUUUUAUUAUCAGAGUAAGGAGCACAAUAUGUGUAGUAUUUUUUUAUUAUCCAAAUAGCACACAUUUACUGUUUAUAGAGCAAUUUAGCAUGUCUAGAAGUUAGUCUGCCUUUCAUAUAUGUGCUGCCUCUUGCUUUAUUGAAGCACAAAAGAUGUCUUGCUAUGUAGAUAUUUGUAUACAUUUAUAGAAAUCAUAAGCAAAGGAGUACUUACAUGUAGCAUGAUACGUCUGAGGAUCACAGCACUCAAAGAGAACUGUGAGAAAGGAAAACUAUCAUUUCUUCAAAGCAAUUUGGCAAAGUCCAAAAGAUUUUUGUCUUUUUGGCAUUGUGUGAUAUCUCAGGCAAAGCCUGCCUUCCAAAGCAGGAGGAUAGUAUUUAUCAGUCUUUAGUACUGCACCUAGAUUAUUUAAUGAGUACAAUUAUAGAAAAAUUCUACCCAAAAGUCUUUCAGGUUGACAAAACACAAGGUGAUUUUUGCACCAUUAUUGUUUGAAGUUUUUCUGAUCACAGAUAACAUUAGUUGUUAGAAGCUAGUGUAGGUAUGCUGCACAUGAACAGUAUAGGCUAAGGCUUUUGUUUGUAUCAACUUAGGCCAGAUUGGAAAGGGUUUUUUUUCUGUGCAGUGAGAGAAAAUAUUUUGUAAUGCAGUAACUUUAUUAAAUUGUUUUACAUAUCAUAUACUUCGCAUAACUGUUCCGCUGAUUGUGUAAGUUUGUAAAAAGGUAUCACUUUACACUGGAUUUUUGCUCAAGGUUGUCACAUUGUUGGCAUGCAGUUAAAAUGCUAUGACAGUACAGUAUUAGUAAGAUGCUUAAUACCCCUCACUUUGAUUUAUAUCAUUAACUGAAUAUAGUUACUCUGUUUUGAAAUUCUGACUUCCCUCCUUUCCCAUGUAUAAUGUGGACCUCUCAAUGUUUGUGCACUUUACAGUUUCUGUAGAGAUUAAAGUAUUACAUCGUGCUUUGCUUUUACAAGAGAGGGAAGGCGUCAACAAUAACAACCAAAAAGAUUUCAAUUCUUUGUAAAGUUUUUUAAGAUCUGGAUACAACUUUCACUUAUAUUUUACCAACAGAUUCUCAGUUUGCAAUUGGUGCAUGUUCACCUAUACAUACACUGCACUUAUACAUUAAAUACCCCAGUGAGGAUACAAUUUUACAUCCUUAUUUUAAGUGGAUAAAUUUAGAUAAUACAGUUUGUUAGAAGUCCCUUUAGUUUAUCUUAGUUUGUGAAAAUAUAAAUUCAAUGUUGAUUUAUUUUUUAGUUAUUUUAGAAAUGGUUUUCAAAAAACCAUUCCAGAUGAUUGAGCCAAUUUUGAGGGUUUUUGGAAAAAAUUAUUUUUGUUACUCAUUUUAAUUAAAUGUUAAUUUAGUUGAGUAUUUUUACAAAUGCUCUUUAUUAUGCUAAUUUUUGUGUAUAUAUUAGAGAAGGAAAUGCCCUGUUAUAAUAUAAAAACAAAUUUGACAUUGAAUAUUCACCUCUGAGUAGACCUGAUCACAAUUCACCAGGGUGUUUACACCAUGUGCCUUUGUAUGUACAACUUUAUUUUCUCCCAGAUUUUUUAUGUAAGUACAAAUAUAUGUAUAUAUAAAUAUCACGUACAUGGUCUCGUCUAGUACUGUAUAAUGUACAUUCCGUCCACUGGCAUUUGAAGUAAACUGUAAGGCCCUUCUCACAUUGAGUGAUAUACUAUAGUGAUACAGUCGGCACCAUUUUGAGAGGUCCCUUUACUACCUUUUAAUAAGUUCACUUCCUGCUGUUUAGUUUAUUAAUUGGCCAUGUCCAGCAUGGAGGCUCCUUUAGGUGACUUUUUACCUGAACACUGCUUUAAAGUUGCCAAUCAAAUAUGUUUCAGUAUGGAUUGUAUCUCUGAAGUAUACUGCUCAUUAUAUAGGAGGCCAAAAUGUGUAUCUAUACAUGUUGUGAUUCAUUAUAAAAACACAUUGAAAUUAUGUGAUAGAGCCUGCACAGGGUAUUCUAAAGACCAAAGCUUAGAAAUGAAGAGAUUGUUGAGUGCCUUUUUGGUACAAUGAAGUAUAUUUACAUAUUAGAUAUGGGUUUAUGAAUUAGAUAUUAGAAUGGAUUAUGUAUUGCAAGAAAAUAAAUAUUCAGGCUACUAGUACA